AUCAUAUAAAACACUUACAAAAUAAUGAGUCUAUAUUGAUGUUAAUGUGCUGUAGAUUAAAUGGUAUUCUGUACAAAUGACUCAAUCUCGAGUCUGACAUCACAUCCACAAACCUGUUUCAAGGUCAGCGAAAUCAGAAAAAGUGUACAUAAGAUAUUAUAAAGCCUACCAGUCGUUUUAGUGCCUAGUGGGAACAGAACCGCAACAUCGAGCAGCUGAAAGAGAGCGUUCAGGAAGAAAGAAACCUCGCAGAGGAUCUGCACUUGUCAAGAAGCCAGCAUCACAUACGAUAACAAGCAAUUUUAUUACGACUGACCAAAGUCCAUUUGCGACUGCUGUAUACAUACGUAGUGAUAUUUUCACAUUCAGUCAGUAGCAUCUUGUUCCAGAUUCACUCGCGAGUACUGCCCUGCGAAACCUGAAAAACGAGUUUGAGGAAGAUCAUCUUAGCUUCGCGUGUUGGAUCAAGUCCGGUCGCCAUUCGUUACUUAACUCAGCCUCUGACCAGCAAACUGCUAAAGUGCUGACCAGAAACUUUAUAAAAAGACUCGAAGAACAAUUUUGUUACAAUAAUAUUCGUUAUAUAAUUUAGUUCUGGGUCUAAUUUGCAACAAAAUACAUCGGAGAUCAUUUCAAAGAUAACAUUAUCUUCUUGACACCCACAGAACUGUGAUAAUACGAACUUAUAAAAACCAACCGUGAUUCAGUGACACGCGCCAUUUUGAUUCUUAAGAAGUUAAGAAAGAAUCUUAAGUGAAUUCUUUCUACUUGAUUGUACCUUAUACAUCGCACGCGAGCACUUCCUAAAGGCGAGAAAGUGUAAAAAGUAUUCAGACUUACGUAAAAGAGUUUUUAGUGUAGUUUACAUUAAUUAAACUUUAGUAAAUUGACAUUACAGUGAUCAUAUAAGUGCAAGAAUGUCUCAAGAACCGAGGAGCGUAGCAGUCCAACUGGAGACGUCGCUUAUGUCUUCAGCUGUCAUCGCAUACAAAAGUGAAGGCAGUGGACAUGUUGAGAUUUCCGGAAACGGAAAUAGUUACCAACAAACAUUCUCUCGUCUCCCACAUAGGACACCAAUGGACAUGCAGUUCGAAAAUAUUGGAUUUACGGCUUCUCUCGGAUGCAGAAAAGGGAACAAGAAGAUUUUGCACGAACUUAAUGGCAGAUUUCUUCCGCGACAACUGAUAGCCAUCAUGGGACCUUCCGGAGCUGGAAAAUCUACUCUACUGGACAUUCUUUCUGGUUACAGAAUUACGAACGUAAGUGGCUCUGUGAUGCUGAAUGGAGAAGAGAGAGACUUGAAUAGCUUCAGACGUCUGUCAUGUUACAUAACACAAGAAGACCGACUGCAGUCACUACUCACCGUCUACGAAAAUAUGAAAAUAGCAGCGGAUCUUAAGCUGGGGGAGCACGUCUCAACAAAAGAGAAAACCGACAUCAUCGACGAGAUUCUGGUCACACUGCGGCUGUCAGAUCACGGGAACACUCGCGCAGAGAGACUUUCAGGGGGGCAGAGGAAACGCCUGUCUAUCGCCCUGGAGCUCAUCGCCAACCCCCUCUUCCUGUUCCUGGACGAGCCCACGACAGGUCUGGACAGCUCCUCAUGCACGCAAUGCGUGUCCCUGCUGAAGCUGUUGGCCCGACAGGGACGCACCAUCGUCUGCACAAUCCAUCAACCCAGUGCCUCGCUCUUUCGAAUGUUCGAUCACGUGUACGUCCUGUCUCAGGGCCUCUGUUUGUACCAAGGCUCGACUCAACAGCUAGUUCCGUACCUGCAACAGCUACAACUUCCUUGUCCCAAAUACCACAACCCCGCAGAUUAUGUAAUCGAGUUGGCUUGCGAAGAACAUGGGAAGGAAAAAGUUGAAAGAAUGGUAGAGGAGACGGACAACGGACGAAAUCUCAACUGGUUCAAGUCGCUUGACCCAAUCACAGCUUCGACAACAGCAGUUGAACCAAUGAUCAGACUAGCGGAUCCCAAACCCUCGACGAAAAAGGAUUCCCGUAGAGGACUCCAGGAGACAUCACAAUGGAAUCAGCUGAAGGUGCUGCUACGACGAGGUUACAUAAAAUCCAAAAGAGACAAGACGCUAACACGCCUUCGGAUCGUGGUGAACAUCGUAGUGGCACUAAUGCUCGGAGCCCUCUUCUACGGGGAGGGCAACGAAGGGUCCCGCGUUCUAGACAACUACAACCUGUUGUUCGCGUGCCUCAUACACAACAUGAUGACUCCCAUGAUGAUUACCAUCCUUACAUUUCCGUCAGAGAUGUCAGUUCUGCAGAAGGAACACUUCAACAGAUGGUACUCACUGAAGUCCUAUUACAUAUCCAUCACGAUAGUAGACAUACCUGUAACGGUUGUGAGUUGUUUCCUGUUUGUCAUCCUUGUAUACCUCAUAAGUGGACAGCCAACAGACAUGACCCGGUUCAACAUGUUCUUUGUCAUAAGCCUCUAUAUAGUAUAUGUGGCAAUGAGCUUUGGAUUGCUGAUUGGUGCUUUAUUUAAUGUUGUGAAUGGCACGUUCCUGGGUCCGACCAUUUCAGUACCAGUAAUGAUGUUUGCUGGAUUUGGAGUAAAUCUCCAGGACAUGCCUAGUUACCUCAAAUGGGGCACGCAUAUCAGCUACCUUCGAUAUGGGCUGGAAGGAUAUAUAAGUGCCAUUUAUGGAUAUGGGCGAGAGAUCUUGGACUGCGUGGAACUCUACUGUCACUACAAGUUCCCAGACACGUUUCUGCAUGAGAUAGCCAUGACAGGGGAUCAAUUUUGGAAAGAUGUCAUUGCACUGUCAAUUAUUCUUGUGGCCUUGAGAAUAUUAACUUACUUCCUGCUAAGGUGGAAACUUCGUGCUGUGCGAUGAUAUCGACUCAUUUGUUUUAUUCAGACCAAGUUCCUUAGGUUAGGAUUCAUAAUUCUACCACACAGCUUAAUUCCGGGACCAAACGCAUGUGACAGAUGACGCUGGCUCAAUAUUUAAAAAAGUGAUUUUAUCAACUUUUCCACUGAUACCCUAAUCUUCUAUAAAAUAUUUUAAUUAUAAAUGGGGAAAAAAGAAAAUUAUUAUUUGCCCUCACUAUGAACGUUAGGCAACAUUAGACCUGGUCUGUACUUCGGUAAUUAUACCUUUACGAUGAAUGGCUUGCUUCUCUAUGUCAUUACAACUAAAUCAAAGAACUUAUCAACUUAAGAUUUCUGUCUUCUGGGUUGUUGCGACGUGUAGUCUGGUAGAUACACCACCAACGUUUCGGAGGUCAUACUAUUUCCGUCAUCAGGACGACGAAUCGCGUAAUAACCCAGAAGACAGCAAUAUUCACAGCUGUGAAAACCUCAAAUACUGCUUAUGAACUUAAACUGGAGUAGUGUAAAAACCAAAUGGAUUUGUGACAUUACAGUUAUUUAUCAUAAAUAUAUGGCUUACUCGUAAAUAACAACGAUUUAAGUAAAGAAAUAUGGUACGUGAAGAGUACGUCUAAAACUUUGUCUAAUGACAGUGCCACAGCCAUACAAAAUGAGGAAAUCCAUCAGAACCUCCGACGUGACAGUCCCCA